UCGGAGUUCAAGCGACCCAAAACAGACGCUCACACGACCCAACUUGUACAAAUUCAAAACUGCCAACGGACGCGCUUGCAACAGUUGUUCGUGCUUUCUGCUUGUUUUGCAGUUGCAGACUAUGUAUUUAACACCUGCAACCCCACAAGUGGGUACAGGUGGAAACAGCAGCAAUAAUGUGAGGGUUUAUGUGCGGACAAGACCCCUCUUGUCCCAAGAACUGGAAAAUGGAGCUGAAAAUAUCCUCUGUGUUCUUCCUUCAGAUAAACAAAUCAUUGUCAAAUCUUCUUGUGAUAAAGUAUUCAAGUUUGAAGAUGUGUUUGAUGAAGACUGUCCACAACAUGAGGUGUACAGGAAGACUGUUGCUCCACUAAUUGCCAAAGUGCAAGAGGGUUAUAAUGCCACUGUCUUUGCCUAUGGACAGACAGGGUCAGGGAAGACAUUUACAAUAGGAACAGAUCCCUGCACUGCCAAGGAGGAUGAGGGUCUUCUCCAGAGAGCAAUGCACACCAUAUUAGGAGAUGAUAGAGAGCAAGAUGAAAAUGAAGCCCCUGGUGCUUCAAAAUCUGGUUACCUUUCAGUAUCUUUUAUGGAAGUUUAUAAUGAGACAGUGUUUGAUCUCUUAGCUCCUAGUAGGGUAUCAUUGGAAGUCAAAGCUGGGAAGGGUGGAGGUGUAUCAGCUAUAGGAAUGGUAGAGAAACAGGUGCACAGUGUGGAAGAGGGGUUGUUGCUCCUAGAAAAAGGAAAUAGUCUGCGCAGUGUUGGGUCAACAGCAAUGAAUCAGCACUCAUCUCGUUCCCAUGCCCUCAUUUAUUUAAAUGUCAAAAUUGGAAGUCGUCAAGGCUGCUUGAAGCUUGUUGACUUAGCAGGAGCUGAAGGGGUUGGCCGAGCUCAAACUUCUGGUCAAUCAUUUAUGGAGGGUGUGGCCAUCAACAAGGGGCUUCUGACACUGGGUAAAGUCCUUGCAGCACUAAGCAACUCCACAACUGGAUACGUACCAUACAGAGAAUCUAUUCUGACGAGGCUCCUCAAAGACUCUUUGGGAGGUACCAGUCACACUACCAUGAUUGCCUGUGUUAAUCCAGCAAGCAUCAACAUGUAUGAGACGAUCAACACACUCACAUAUGCUGAACAAGCAAGAAACAUACGUACCAGGCCUCAGGUGCUCUCCACUGUAAAGCGAUAUGGUAUAAAGCGUCGUUGUGAGGAUGUAACUGCCACACCAGGAGCCUGGAAGAGACGAGUCCUUGCCUCAGGGAAGAAGCAAGAUCACAAUACUACAGUCUCAACUCCAGGCCACAAAGUCCCAAAAAGAAAAGUUGUGACUUCCCUAAACAAUUCAUUUGCCACACCUAGCAACAUCACGAGGAAUAUCUUCAGCAGCUCUCUUCUGGAACCUAGCAUGCCUCCACCACCUUCAGGGUUCCCUACCAUUAAACAGCCAAUCUUUGAGGAUGUCUCACCCUCAGGUGUUAGUGUCAUACAUCGUAUUAGGACAUCAGAUGAGGUCAAGAGAACCUCUGCCCCUUCGUUCAGUCCAAUGCUUGAGCGAGUGACCAACCGAUUAGAGCAGUCUGUAAUGACCCAGCUAGAGAGUAUUGAGGAUCGUGUGGCUGACAGAAUUAUUGAGCGGCUUACCAAGAAGAGUAGGAGGAAACGAAAAUCAAGAGCAAGAACAAGGACAAAGAAACACCAGAGUUCCACACCCACAGGCACUGAAAAUGAGAAAUCGUUAAGUGAAAGCGAUUCUUCAGACAGCAAUAACCUUGGUGCAUCCAUCAUUGGUGCCAUUUUUAACAAACAUGACAUGAAAUCAAUGCUGCAAGGAAUAGUCACGGAUGCUUUACAGAGCACACAGAAGGACAAGAUGCCAAGGAGAAGUAAAAGGUUUAGCACUGUACCCACAAGCUAUAAAGAAAAUGUGCUUUCAUCCAGUGAUCCUCGGAAACCUCUGGGAGAUGUCACUAAUGUUUACCAGUUAAGUGACACUAUGUGUUUGAAGAAAGAGGACGACUUGUCAUUUAUGGCUCAAAAGCCUGUUCCACAAAAGCAAGAUCCAUCUGACAUGGAUAUUGACUAUGAUCUUGUGAAAAAGCUGCCGAUAACCAGUACAGCUUUUGUUGAUGCUCGAGCUGUAAGGAGAUCUACUCGCCUCUCAACAAGGCAGAGCAUCCACAAGUCUCUGUUCCCAAAGAUAGACCAGGAUACUUCAUCUUCUUUCUUUAAGCUAAAUGACAGGAGCACUACCAGGUCUGACUUUGAUCUCUCUCAUGAUACCACAGCUGUUUUCAAUGAUGGUAGCUAUCCGACCCUGAAGUCACGUGAAGUUGAUCUUAAAUUAAGUGACCAAGCAGAUAGCAAAGAAAAUGUGACCGUAAUAAGUACUGGGACCCCAACCUUCUUGAAGGAAGAGUCUCAAUUGAAAAGUGAUGGAGACAGGAUGAAUAUCACUCUCUCUUCUCCCUUACAAAUUGACAAAAUUCUCAAGAGGAAUACAAAUCACGAUGUUCGGAGGUCCUCGAGAUUUGCUGCCAUAAAGGCCACUCAGCGUAAUUUUGAGAUCUAUAAGGGACAGAGUCCUCUUAGUAAUUUGUGCAAGAGCAGGCGUUCCUCUGUUUCCACUAGGAAAAAGAAAGCAAUGGCAUCAGCAAAUGUCACAGUUUGUGCAGUACCUACAGAGACCUCUUUCAUGAAUGAGACAGAUGGAAAGUGGCAGUUAGUGGUAAGCCCUCGCCUCCAGAAACAGCACAAUGACAAAAUCCUUGACAUCUUAAAUAAUGGCUCUUUGAAGACUCUCCAGCAGCUCCCCACAGUAGGGCCCAAGACUGCCAUGGUUAUACACAACUUUAGGCAAUUGUAUGGAGAAUUUAAAUCUGUUGAAGAUCUGAAAGAUGUACCUGCUCUGCCUAAGACCUACUACACAAGGUUCAUGAAGGCAAACUUAAUGAAUCAACUUUGUUUUUAGUUCAAAGUUUCUCCCAAC